AUGAUUUUAUCAUAUCUUUUUUACGCUUUUCUUAUCUACGUACUAUGGGAGAAAAUAUUAAAACCUUAUUACUACUACUGGUACUACACAAGUUAAGGUAUCAGAGCCAUAUGUGUUCCUAAGCCUCUGAUUUUCAACAUGUUGAUCUUGAAAAAAGUACUGAAGAAUCUCCAUGAGUAUUCAGAAUAACUUUUAUACGAGUACUAUUUAAGUUAAUUUAAGAAUGAGUAGAUACCAAGCAUUUUCAUUGAUUUCAGAUCAGCUGCUGGCUAAUUAGUAGUAAGUGAUCCAGAUAUUUUACAAGAGCUCUUUGUGACAAAGGGAAAAUAUGUUGAUAAACUUCAUCGAAGCAAAAAGGUUUUUUAUGAUUUGACAGGUGAAUCUGUUUUGUUUGAUUAAACCACAGAGGCUUAAGCUACUAAAAGAAAGCAUUUGUCAACUGCAUUCUACAAAGAUAAGAUGACUUUUAAUCUAAGAAUCAUCAUUAGAAAGACCUAUGGUUGGAUCGAAAAUCUAAAGAUCGACAUUAAGAAAGGAAACAAUGAAAGAGAGCUUAAUUCAAUGAUAAAUCAGCAUAUCUUAGACUGCAUUUUGAUGAGUGUUUUUGGUGAGACUUCUCUCAAGCAGACUAUGCCAUUCCUCGUAGAUGACAAGAUCGUUGAAACUUCAUUGGGUAUUGCUACUGCUAGGCUUUUCUUGGCAUUGACUAGAAAAAGUAUCACUCCCUUAAGAAUAUUAGUGCAAUUAUUUGACUCUCAUUACAUUGGUAAAUCGGAGAAGGCACUUCAAAAAAACCUAUAAACCUUCAGAGAGUUUUUGCAAAGACUUAUAAAUGAGAAGAAGGAAAAAAUGCAAGAUCCCAGUUUUGAGGGUGCUGAUUUUCUCACUAUGCUAUUGACUGAUGAUCUAUUCAGUAAAGAUGAAAGUUUGAUCAAAGAUGAGCUUGCUACUAUCUUGAUAGCAUCUAUUUUGACAACAACAGCCUUGAUAACCAACACCCUGUAUUACUAUGAAUUCUUACCUGAGGUCAAGUAAAAACUCAGAAAAGAAAUAUCAAUGAUUAUGAGCCCAGAUAGAAGUAAUCCAGUACCAUUUGAGAAUCUUAAACUAUCUCCUGAACUUUGGGUUGAGAAAUUAGAUUAUGAUCAACUCUAAGAAGACUGGAAAUAUCUCUACUUAGUGAUUUAAGAGUCAUUGAGAAUUGAACCUCCAGCCAGAUCAUCAACGCCAAUGCAGCUCAAUCAAACUAUGGAAAUAGGUGGAUAUACUGUAGAUAAAAACACCUCUAUCGCUGUUCAUUUCUAUUUACUUCACAGAAAUCCUUAAGAAUGGCAAUAGCCCUCUAAGUUUAUUCCUGAAAGAUUUGACCCUGAGAGUCCAUACUACUUAACUCCAGAUGGCAAGAAGAGAAAGCCCAACAGUUUCAGUCCUUUCCUGGGAGGCAGAAGAAUAUGCUUGGGUAAAACUUUCGCUGAGAAUAUUGCUAAGUGUGUUAUCCCAAUCAUUAUUUCAGAGUUAGAUAUUAAGUUUAAAAAUGACUAUCAUUACGAGAGAAAACCACCUAAAAACUUUGCAACAGAGAUAAACGUUCCUAUUAUUUUAUCUGCUAUCUAGAAAAACUGA